GCGUCGCCCGUCUGAUGAUCCGCGGAGCCGGAUUUCUACCGUGUCCCUCCCUCCCUUACACCGCCCACUCCUCCUGCUCUUAUUUCUCGCCGCAUCCCUCUCGACUGCGGGGAUGGAGAAGUGCUACAAACUAGAAGGGGAACACUGACGAAACGAGUCGCAAGAAGAACGCGAAGGGGAGAGGACCGUGAAGCGGCCGUGACGCGGAAGCACAGCAACCAUAUGCUCGGUGUAAAAAAAAAAAAAAAAAGCGGCUGACAUUUAACUGAAACUUAUUUCCGACUAAACCACACCUUCGACUCAUUCAUCGUAGCUUUUUUUUUUUUUUUUUUUUUAAUUUUUUUUAACGGCGUGCCUUCACCUGUUUGGCCAGUUAGUCGCUGACUGCAGCAGCCUGAAGACGCAGCACGUGACGCGCUGCAGGUUGGGAGCACAAUUCAGUUACAUUGUCAACUUGUUCAAACAGAAGAACCGCAGUACCGACCUUUUUUUACCCCCGGUUCUCAGCCAUGUCUGGACGGACCGUGACCAUCCCGGACGACCGGGCGUUCGCCAGCUUCAAGUCGGAGUGUCUGUGCGAGGAGGGCUGGAGUGGGACCUACGACAAGGCGGGCAUCACCGUGUGGAGCCAGGCGCUGGAGGAGGGCAAGUCGGUGCACAAAAUAAAAUGUCGGAUGAUCUGUAAGGAGGUGUCAGCUGAGACCAUGUAUGAUGUCCUGCAUGACGUUGAAUACAGAAGGAAAUGGGACACAAACGUCAUUGAGACCUUCGAUAUCGGCAAACUUACGGUCAACGCGGACGUUGGUUAUUACUCAUGGAAGUGUCCAAAUCCACUCCGUAACAGAGACUUCGUCACGCUUCGCUCCUGGUUGCCGAUAGGGAAGGAUUACAUCAUCAUGAACUACUCGGUGAAACAUGCGAAAUAUCCGCCUAAGAAGGACAUGGUCAGAGCUGUAUCCAUACACACCGGCUACAUGAUCCAGAGCCAGGGACCCAACCACUGUGUCCUCACGUACAUGGCACAGGUAGAUCCACGAGGUUCUUUACCCAAGUGGGUUGUCAACAAGUCUUCCCACCUCUUGGCUCCUCGCGCAAUGAAGAAGAUCAACAAAGCAUGUUUGAAGUAUUCCGAGUGGAAGCAGAAACACAACCCAGGAUUCAAACCUUGGCUCUACCCCGAACAGACUACAUUACCCAGCAUUCCACUGUCGGAGCUUAGCAUUCAGCAUGCCGAGAGCCUGGAAAAUAUUGACGAAAGCUCCAUGGCUGAGUCCCAUGAGAGGGAUGACAGUGACUAGCGCACUGAAGUCAAACCCGGGUCAUGUAUUCAUACACACACAUACACUGAUGCAGGGAUGCAUGCAUGCCUGUUACACAAUUACAUGUAGAUGUGGUUCAUUUCACACACGCAUAGACACCCUGUACUUUUAAAUAUAUAUCUUCUCAUACUCUCAAAACAUGUAUGGAAGCGUUCAUGCAAACACGCUCCAUGUUGUUUUACAUACUGCAUGCACCCACUUGCAUUGGGCUGUAAGUACUUUUGUCUUUUACAGCUGGGUAAAUGUUUGUGAAAAGAGUUAAAACAAAGUCUGCAAACAAGAUCCAAAAUAGAUUGUUAGGGGAAGAAAUGUUUUCUGCAACAUUUACUGUUCAAAUGUUUACACACUCUACCUGUCAUUCAAAGCGAAGCCAAAACUAUGUAUUCCACAAUGUUUUUGAUUCAUACACAGUACAUUUAUACACUCAGAAAGGCAUACAUAUAAUUUCUACUAUUCAGUGUACAACCCCUGGCAAUAAUUAUGGAGUCUUAGAGGAUGUUAAAAAUAUUAUAUACCGUAUUUUUCGGAGUAUAAGUCGCUCCGGAGUAUAAGUCGCACCAACCAAAAAUGCAUAAUAAAGAAGGAAAAAAACAUAUAUAAGUCGCAUUUUUUGGGAAAAUUUAUUUGAUAAAACCCA